AUGUCUGAUGUUAAACUCCGUGCGGAAAUAGAAGUCGAUGGGAAAAGUCUUGGAAGCGGAAAAGAAUAUAUGUGGAAAGGCACGAAUGGGAUGAGGAGUUUAGAAAUUCAGAUACCGAUAAAAGUACCGCGUGGAGUGGAACAAUGGACGACGAUGAUUGUGGGACCUGUGGAAAAUACAUAUGGUGUCGAUUCUUUUGAGCAUGUUUUGGGAAUAAGCCAGAACGAGGGUGGAAUUGUCAAGGUGAGGAGUAGGAGUAUUGACCUGAAAACUGGAGCCACGAGGUCGGAGGGUAUGGCCGAACGGGUUUUCAGUCCUGGUUUUGGAAGACGGGAUAAAAUCCACAUUUGGGAAGAAACGGGAGAGAGUAUCGCAAGACAUAUCUGGGAUGCGGGACUAGUGCUCUCAUCAUAUCUAUCAUCUCUUGGGAGUUCUUCUCCGCCUGCCGGCUCCCUGCCUACUCUAGAAAAGUUUCUGAGCACGCAGCAAGAUAUCAAUAUUCUUGAGCUGGGAGCCGGAUGCGGAAUCGUAGGUAUCACACUCGCGAAGGUCUUUUCGGAGCGAAUCAAUAAAAUCCUACUCACCGAUCUCCCCGAAGCCUCGGAGAUACUGGAGAAAAAUCUUUCUGCCAUGACUCCAGAUGCAGAUGUCUCACCCUGUAACUCCUGCUCUCACCAAGUGCUGGAUUGGUCGGCUCCGCUUCCGCAAGAUGUGCGAGGCGAAAGGUGGGAGUUGGUGGUGGUGGCGGAUUGUACGUAUAAUCCUGACGUGGUACCCGAUUUGGUACACACUUUAACCAGAGUGAGAGAUGGGAAUCAAGGAACGCUGGUUUUGCUCGCGAUGAAAGUGAGACAUGAUAGUGAAAUGGUAUUUUUUGAGCUUAUGGAGAAAGAAGGAUUUGGGGUUGUGGAGAAGUGCAAGGUACCGCUGGGAAUGGUGGGGGAGGAGGGCCAGGAAAUCGAGAUCUUUGUUUUUAGAUGA